AUGAUAAACAAAAAAAAAUAUGUUGGGACAUUAACACACACCUACCAUCUAGUUCCACGGCUGUUUGCUUUAACAAGCUCUGAAUGUGUCGAUAGUACGAUCAACUUACAAGUACGUAAUGAGCACGUCGAGACACAUCCCCGGCCAGGCCCAGCCAGGCCCGGUCACCGCGGCGCGCGCGCGCCCUCGCGGCCGGCGUCGGCGCAGCCGGUGCGCGCCAUGAUCAGCGCC